AAGCACGCGUUUUCUUGCGAACACCGAAAAUACAUUGCUACUAAAAAUUACCUUUUCUUAAAAAGUAUUUUUUUUCCUGACAAUGAUAUUUCGUAAUAUCUAUUUUAGUAUUCAUUUCGACUCCUAGGUAAAGUUAGGUUUCGAAUUUAAAGUAUUAUCGAAUUCAAGUUUAAUAGAAUUACAAGUUUUGACGUGAUUGGGGAAUGCACUAAAAUUUUGAUUAGAAUCCUUUUUAAUCCGAAAUAAUGGCGCUUAGUUCUUUGAAUCCUUCGAACGUGCUAGGAGAACUUGGUCGCUUAGCGAAUUGGUUUAAAGGCGACUGUCUUACUUCGGAGGAGUUUGCAGGGUUACCCGUAACCGAGAAGCUGGAGAACGUACAGUUAUUGGACAAGUACAAUUUGCGUAAUCCUUCAAAAGGAACAUUGUACUUUGCUACAACCCACCUUAUAUUCGUCGACCACGAGAUGAGGAAGGAGACAUGGAUUCUCCUGAUGCACAUUUCGACAGUGGAACGUUUACCGAUCACGACGGCUGGCUCUCCGCUCCUAGUUCGCACUAAGACAUUUCAGUCGGUAUUCUUUGUAAUACCGCGGGAGAGAGAUUGCCACGAGAUGCAUCAGACAUUGCUCAGGCUAAGUCAACCUGUACACAUAGAUGAAUUAUAUUGCUUCCAUUAUAAAUCAACACCGGACGACCUACCAAAAUCGGCCGGUUGGAAUUUCUUCGACAUACAAACCGAAUACCAAAGAAUGAACGUUCCUAAUGAUCAAUGGGUUUUGUGCACGGCGAAUAAAGAUUAUGAGUUAUGCGACACAUAUCCAAGUGAAGUGUAUGUGCCCGCACGUGCGUCGACGGCGGUGCUCCUCGGCAGCGCAAGCUUCAGGUCCCGAGGUCGGCUACCAGUACUCGCCUACUUACAUCAUAAUAAAGCAGCCAUUGCUCGUUGCAGUCAACCGUUAAGCGGUUUUUCUGCCAGAUGUAUGGAAGACGAACAGAUGCUAGAUUUAAUUAGGAGAGCUAAUCCAAAUUGCGGGUACAUGUACGUCGUGGACACGCGACCAAGGAUAAAUGCAAUGGUGAAUCGCGCCGCAGGCAAGGGCUACGAGAACGAAGCCUUCUACGAGAACAUAAAGUUUCAGUUCAGCGGCAUCGGAAACAUUCACGUCAUGAGGAAAAGCUUGCAGAAAUUAGUCGAGACCUGCGAACAGAAUACACCCACGAUGUCAUCGUUUUUAAGCGGCUUAGAAUCGUCGGGGUGGCUGAAACAUAUCAAAUCGAUACUGGACACGUCGUGGUGGAUAGCCUGUGCGAUUGAGAGCGGGGUCAGUGUGUGUGUGCACUGCAGUGAUGGUUGGGAUAGAACCGCCCAGGUCUGUUCCCUGGCCGCCCUCGUCUUGGAACCACACUAUCGCACCAUUAACGGAUAUCAGGCCCUGAUCGAGAAGGACUGGUUGUCGUUCGGGCACAAGUUCACGGCUCGGUGCGGGCACAUCGCGUGCGACGGCCGCGAGAGGUCGCCCGUGUUCACGCAGCUGCUCGACUGCACGUGGCAACUGCUGCGACAGCGCCCCGAGGCGUUCCAGUUCAACGAGAGGUUCCUGCUGACGCUGCACGACCACGUCCACGCCUGUCAGUACGGCACCUUCAUCGGGAACUGCGAGAAGGACAGGAGGGAUCUGAGGCUAUCAGAACGCACGUUUUCUCUGUGGGGGUACAUGGCGAGUCAUCUGAACGAAUACAAGAAUCCGUUGUACAACCCUAAAGCACAUCCCGACACACUGAGACCAGAUCUCACGGCUCAAAGUAUAAGGUUCUGGCGCGGCAUGUACUGCCGCCACGAAAGUGGAGUGCAUCCACGUGAGCCUCUCGGCGACCUCCUGCCGGCCUCCGUGGAACACUGUUCGGCCCUUGAUCACCACAUCAACUAUCUUGCUAAGAGAAUUAAUACGUUCAAAAAUCUCCUGUCAAGACGUAAAGACGACAAUAGCAAAGAUAACGCGAUCGUGAACUAUCGAAACGGGAACGUGAACUCCGUCGCUAUAGAAGCGAAAACAGAAGAAUUGCAGAUCGAUAAUAAGUUCAUUUACGAGUCCGGUGGCUCGUUAUCUGAAAUGGAGUCUGCGAAUCACGACCAUCCGCUGAAGGAGACCAGCGCGAAUUCGCAGUCAACGAAGCCCAAAAAAAUUCCAUUAAUAACUGAGAAACUAGACGCCUCGCUGCCGACGAGUCUGGCGCUGCUCGAGAAGGAAGUGAACACCGUCGCGCUGGACUGGAAGAGCGUGAAGAACGUCACCGAGUGCAGCUGCUCCACGCCCCUGGACCACUACAGUAGGAAGCACCACUGCUGGGGCUGCGGGCGCUGUGUGUGCACGCGGUGCGUGCGCGGCCGCUCCCCCCUCCCCGCGCUGGCGAGCGCGCGCCCCGCCCCGCUGUGCGCCGCCUGCUCGCCCACCUCGCCGCCACCCGCGCCGCCCCCGCACACAAAUAUAAAUUGAAGGUCUCUGUCUGAUGGUACAGUAGAAUGAAAUACACUGAAGAUAUUAUUUUUUGCAUUUAAUACACGUUUUCUAUUUAUUAGUAUGAAAUAAUUUCUAUCACAAAAUAUAAUUGAUGUUGCAAAUUAAAAUAGACAGUAUGAUGAGUAGUUUACAGAUGUCGUGUUUGUUAAUGAAGAAAGUUUUGUAAUAUGUGUUUGAAGACACAUUUAAUAUUGUUUAAUUAAUCUAUGUCGGCGGACAUUGUGCACUCGUCCCGUUGCGACGAAUUGUUCUAUCUCACUCUUAAUGUUAGCGUAAGAAGAAGAUGUCCGGUCCGUCAAGCUUCUGUUUAAUACAAUAUGUACGUGCAGACGUUAACGAUGUGCUUCUAAAAUUUAAAGAAUAGACCUAUCGUAUAAUAUCCGUCUGAGCAAAGCAAAAGCGUCCCAAAAGUUUUUCUAGAUUCAAAAGAGUAUAUAACUAAAUAACUUCUGGUAUUUAUGACACACUUGAACAUUGAUGUCAUUAUUCAAUUAAUUACGCUCUCUGUUUAGACUGAAAUUAUAAUAUAACGCAUAAGAACUUAUUAAAACAGCUUUUAAUUUAGCUUCCCUUGAUUGUCUGCAUUUAAAUUUAUAUUUUUUUCGCUCUAGAGAAGUUAGUCAAUUAGCAGCUAAAUAAUAAAGUAAAUAAUUAAUAAUAUGAUGUGUCACGUAAAGCUAAUAGCUAAUUCAGAAUUCUAUUCCGCUCCUAUCUAUAUAUUCUUGUGUAAAUUAUGUACAAAUUACAGUAAGUUUAUUUUGUGUAUAUCAGAUAAAAUGUUUGAAUAUUGGCUAAGAAAUAUAGUAUGUUAAUCCGUA